AUGUUAAUUGAAAGAACAGAGGACGUUACAGAAAUGAUUGAUCGUUUUGUUAAUUAUAAUGCAGAAUUUAAGUUGCUUCUGAAAAGAAACUUGAAAAUAAAUUUGACUUGGUUUGUAGAAGGUACACAUAUUAAUAAUUUAGAUAUUCAUGUAUUUGAAAAAGUUGGAGAAAAUAAUCUUUAUCGAGUAAAAGAUAUCAAGAAAGGAAAAGUACGAUUAAAAGAUUCAUGUGCGCAUUAUGUUUUAGACGCAAUGGUUGAGUUAUUAGAAAUUGUCAAAAAAGUAGAAAUAAUUGAUCGAGCAAGUCCCACAGAAAUGAUUAAAUUAAAAGUAGAAUUAAUUAUGGCAAUAGACAAAUCAUUUAAGUAUUUUAAUAAUCAAAUAAAAUAUAAUAUUUUAGCAAAAUUUAAAGAAGAUUGUGUCAUUCCAUUUAAAGAUGGAACAAAAGAUAAUGAAUCUUAUCAAACAUUUUGUUAUAAAUUAGGAAAAAUUGAGUUAUAUGUUUUAUAUAAAAGAAAAUUAAAAGAAAUAACUCUUGAUCAAGCUUUAAAAUUAUUUCAACAAAAAAAUGAAAUUUUAUUAGAAAUUGAAAAGAUUAAAGAAGCUUUUUUAAAAUAUGAGAAUUUAUUUAUAAAGUAUCUUGAUGAGAUUAUUAAUAAAAAAAUUUCAGUUAAAGAUAGAACUGAAAAAACUAAAAAAAUUGCUAAUGAAUGGAAUUUUAAAAAAUAA